AUGUCCAAAAGAAAGCCCCCAAAGGUAACAGAAACCCGGACUGGUCCUCUUGGCUGCAGUAACUAUGACAACCUAGAUUCUGUCAGUUCUGUUCUGGUACAGAGUCCGGAAAAUAAGAUUCAGUUGCAAGAUGAAUUCAAGUUCUUUAUGAAAAGGCUGCCCAUGAACUAUUUCCUCAACACAUCUGCCAUUAUGCACUUGUGGACAAUGGACUCAAAUUUCCAGCAUCGUUACGAGCAACUAGAAACCAGCAUGAAACAACUGUUCUUUAAGGCACAGAAAAUUGUUUACAAGCUCUUUAGCCUUAGUAAGAGGUGCCAUAAACAGCCACUUAUCAGCUUGCCAAGGCAAAGACCACAGUCCUAUUGGCUUAACCGCAUCCAGGCCUUUCUCUACUGCAAUGAAAAUGGCCUUCUGGGCAGCUUUUCUGAAGAGACUCACUCAUGCACAUGCCCUAAUGACCAGGUUGCCUGCCUUGGCUCUUUACCGUGCAUCGUAGGAGAUGGUUCCUCCUGCUUAACUUGUGCCCCUGAUAACCGUACCCGCUGUGGGACCUGUAAUACUGGGUACAUGCUGAGCCAAGGACUCUGCAAGCCUGAAGUGGCAGACUCAACAGAGCACUACAUUGGGUUUGAGACUGAUCUCCAGGAUUUGGAGAUGAAGUAUUUAUUACAGAAAACAGACCGCCGGAUUGAGGUCCAUGCCAUCUUCAUCAGCAAUGACAUGCGUCUUAAUAGUUGGUUUGACCCUUCCUGGCGCAAACGGAUGCUCCUUACCCUAAAGAGUAACAAGUACAAAUCAAGCUUGGUCCAUAUGAUAUUGGGUCUCUCUCUUCAAAUUUGCCUAACUAAGAACAGCACCUUGGAGCCUGUCCUGGCUGUUUAUGUCAACCCUUUUGGAGGCAGCCACUCUGAGAGUUGGUUUAUGCCUGUCAAUGAAAAUAGUUUCCCAGACUGGGAGCGGACUAAACUGGACUUACCCCUUCAGUGUUAUAACUGGACGCUGACUCUAGGCAACAAGUGGAAGACGUUUUUUGAAACGGUACACAUCUACCUGAGGAGUCGCAUAAAGUCAAAUGGUCCCAAUGGCAACGAGAGCAUUUAUUAUGAACCCCUGGAGUUUAUUGAUCCCUCCCGGAACCUGGGCUAUAUGAAAAUCAACAACAUCCAAGUGUUCGGCUACAGCAUGCACUUUGAUCCGGAAGCAAUCCGGGACUUGAUUUUGCAGCUGGACUACCCCUAUACUCAGGGAUCCCAGGACUCUGCGCUCUUGCAGCUACUAGAGAUACGGGACCGUGUAAAUAAACUCUCUCCACCUGGCCAACGUCGUCUAGACCUUUUCUCAUGCCUGCUGCGUCAUAGACUCAAGCUGUCUACCAGUGAGGUGGUGAGAAUUCAAUCUGCUUUGCAGGCCUUCAAUGCCAAAUUGCCAAACACAGUGGAUUACGACACAACCAAAUUAUGUAGUUAACCAUAAGUGUGAAGCACAACAGAAAAAAAAAAUUAAAAAAGAAAAACCAUGAAAGGAGUUUUUACAGUGCUUUUGUGGAACAGUUUAUGUUUGGAAGAGUAAAUUUAAAUUGUCUUUUCAAUAUCUGUCUUAUAUCAGUCAAUAACGUUGGAUGGCAAUUUACACCCAUGAACUUGCUGACAAAUGAAUAUAUUAUACCUGCAAUUUUUUUUGGUUCUGUUUUAUGAAUGAAAAUAAAUACU